CCGCCUCUCACUCUCGCUCCGCCCCCAGGCUGCCCGCUCUGCCGCCUAAUUGAGUUCUUGCCGGCCGCGGAGACUUGGAGUGAGCGCGGGACAAAUAACCGAGCGGAGUUAGAACGAUGUCUGGCUGUCAAGCUCCAGGAGACUGUUGCUCGCGGCCAAGUGGCACACAGGACAAGGAGCAUCCCCGAUUCCUGAUCCCAGAACUUUGCAAACAAUUUUACCAUCUGGGCUGGGUCACUGGCACUGGAGGGGGAAUCAGCUUGAAGCACGGCAAUGAAAUCUACAUUGCUCCCUCAGGCGUGCAAAAGGAGCGCAUUCAGCCAGAAGACAUGUUUGUUUGUGACAUCAAUGAGCAGGACAUAAGUGGGCCUCCAGCAUCUAAGAAGCUUAAAAAAAGCCAGUGUACUCCUCUUUUCAUGAAUGCUUACACCAUGAGAGGAGCGGGCGCAGUGAUUCAUACCCACUCCAAAGCUGCUGUGAUGGCUACCCUUCUGUUUCCAGGACAGGAGUUUAAAAUUACACAUCAAGAGAUGAUCAAAGGAAUAAGGAAAUGUACCUCAGGAGGGUAUUACAGAUACGAUGAUAUGUUAGUGGUACCCAUUAUUGAGAACACUCCUGAAGAGAAGGACCUCAAAGAACGGAUGGCUCAUGCCAUGAAUGAGUACCCAGACUCAUGUGCAGUUCUUGUCAGGCGUCAUGGGGUGUACGUGUGGGGAGAAACGUGGGAGAAAGCAAAAACCAUGUGUGAGUGUUAUGACUACCUGUUUGACAUCGCUGUCUCCAUGAAGAAGAUGGGACUGGAUCCAACGCAGCUCCCAGUUAGAGAAAAUGGAAUUGUGUAAGCCAAGUGGAUGCCUAAGUUUCUCCAACAAUAAAACAGACUCAAUCAUGCCUUAAAUAAAACUCAGCUGCUUUUAAAUGAGUUGGAAAUUUUCUUGAUGUCACUAAUUUGUCAGAGAAUACUACCAAUGGUCACAUAUACUGAAUACUGCAGGUAAUACCCUCUGACAUUAAAUAUGUGUUUAUAUUCUUAUAGAUGUGGGUGACAGGGAGGUAGAAUAAAAACUUAUUUUAUUUAGUAUUUUCUUAUUUUAAAAAUUGUAAGAGAAAAUUACUUGCCUUUAAGUUAAUUCCUUUUGUAUACAUUCUCAGAGAAUUCUUUUUUUAUCUUUAAAACACUGGUAAUUGUAAAACUUACUUGAAAUUUUCCACUUAUUUAUGGAAUAAACAUUUUAUUUUAAUUUGA